UAUUGUAAACAAAAGGUAAACCGAAAGAAUCAUUAAUUUUCUUAAGAAAAAACUAAUCUCUUCCUUGUUUGAACUUUUAAAAUUGAGUCAUUGAAUGCCUAAAAAUGAGCCGGUAACAUAUUACAGUGCUAAAAUGCAAAGACAUCGGCAAAAAACAUGAUUUUCAAUUUCGAUUUCGUAAUCAAAUGGAUAACACGGUGGGCAAUGAAGAAUGCGCAUUGAGCCGGAAUAUAUGCAGACUUUGCUUAGCAAUCGAUACCCGUACAUAUACCAUCGCGGACACAGUUUUACAGAAUGUCUACGAAAAAAUUGUUAAUGUUAAACUGAAUUCAAUACCAGAAUUACAAAAUGUGUGCUACGUAUGCUACGCAAGACUGAAGCAGUGUAACACAUUAAUACAACAGGCUUUGACAACGGAAAAGCUUUUAAGUGAGGCACUUAUUAAUGGCAUUCAGCUUGAUAAAAUAACUAGAGCUCAACAAUGGACUCUGGCAACAACUUCUGUGGUCAGUAUAAAUCUAGACCCAAACACUUUGGUUGAAAUUAAACAGGAGGCAAAUGAAUAUCUCAAAGUUGAAGACAUUAAGCAGGAGGUGUAUUCAAAUAUAUUGGAACAAGAAGUAAACGAAGAUUCAGAUGCAGAUAUAAACAGAUCCGAUCCGGAAAGCAAAAAUGACAAAUCGCUAACAGAUUCCGAAGAUGAUUUACCACUCAUUCGUUCGAGAGUGAGUAAAGAUAAAGAUGUACAAUUAGACAAUGGGACGGUGAAAAAGGUGACACAGGGCAAAAAGGAAAAAUUAGAAGCCAAAGAGCUAAUUCUAGAUGAGAAACAGCAGAUGGCAGAGUUAUUGGAACGCUCCAAGUCGCUGAACUAUCUCAACUCUCCGUACAAAUGUGACCUGUGCUACAGAGGCUUCCGGGACCCCACAGCGUACAGCAAACAUAAGGACAAACACAACUCGAAAAGCGGCCAUCUUAAAUGCAAAAUCUGUCACCUGCGAUACAACACAAAGCAGUCGUUGAACUCCCACACAAUGGCGGCGCAUUCUAGGAGGUUCAUGUGCACCAAGUGCUCGCACAUCAGCCUCACCAAAAAUCAAGCAGUGGUCCAUGAACGCUGGCACAACGGACACCAAUACCCGUGCAAGCUAUGCGACAGACAAUUCAUCAAACCCACUAGUUACCUCUCUCACAUGCGCAAGGCUCACUGUACCCUGAGCGAGCACGUUUGCCACAAGUGCGGUGAGAGCUUUGCAGGGAGGCACGGACUUCUUAUGCACAUGAGCAAGACACAUAAGCACGAUGAGACGGAAUCGGAAAUGGUGCCCGAUCCCACUUCUGACAGUUACUGCAAAGAGUGCGGAAUACAGUUCCAUACAUUAGACGCGUACAAUCUACACUUACUGUCAUCGCAGAAGCAUAAAAAUGCCGUUUGGAAGGAGAACGGGUCGAAAUGUAGGAUAUGCGACAAGCCAGUAUCUCAGAUCGAUCGCGAAAGGCACGAACGCAUGCACGCAAAGGAGUUGAAGCCGAAGGCCACGGAAGUGGUUGACGCAGCGCCACCCACCGUGGAGAUACCUUGCGGACAGUGCAUCAAAACAUUCACAAGUAGGUCCAAACUACACAUGCAUGUGAAACGUAUGCACCUCGGACAGCGCUACAAUAAGAACGUGGUCUGCGAAGUGUGCGGCAAGCAUUGCACGUCCAACGCCACGCUCCGCUACCACCAACGAGCUCACACCGGCGAGAAGCCAUACUCGUGCGGUCUGUGCGCUGCGCGUUUCGUGAGCCGCGAGCAUUGGCGCUUACACCAGCGCGUCCACUCCGGCGAGCGGCCGUACUGCUGCGGUGUGUGCGGACUCCGCUUCGCACAGAAGCCCGCCCUCAACAGACACUACAUAGUCCACACCGGUGCGAAGCCUUACGAGUGCCACCUCUGCAACAAAACGUUCACGCAAUCUGCUUCAAUGAAGAAACAUAUACAGAGGGUUCAUUUGCGUCAGCCGCCUAAUAUAAAGAAAAAUGGCGGCGAGGUCACGGAAAAGACGAAUUUAGAAGCUUUAUAGUUAAUAAUAAAUUUAUUUGUAAAUUUUA